AUGAAGGCAUUGAGGCAUGCAAGGAAGUCUGGAACAGUAGAAAACACCAAAAAACCGUCCACGGACUCCUUGGUUAAACUUUUAGAACAUGUACUUAAACGCAAUAACUUCAUGUUCAAUGGGGAACAUUACCUCCAAGUAAGUGGUACGGCCAUGGGAAUUAAAAUGGCACCCUCGUAUGCUAACAUAUUUAUGGGUAGACUAGAAAAACAAAUUUUGCUACAAGUACCCACUAAACCCCUCAGCUGGCUUAGGUUCAUCGAUGACAUAGAAAUCAAAUGGGUCGAAGGAAGGGAAAGUCUGGACAAGUUUGUGUCCUUUGUCAAUUCAUUUCACCAUAGUAUUAAGUUCACAGUGGAUAUUUCAGAUACCACCAAUACAUUUCUUGAUACAAAAUUCACUCUUAGAUAUGGUGAAAUUGAAUUUGAUCUCCAUACCAAACCGACCGACGCCCAUUUAUAUCUAAUGCCAUCCAGCUGUCACCCACAUCACAUUUUCAAGGAUUUACCGAAAGGCCUAACAAUUCGUGCCAGACGAAUUUGUUCUAGUGAGGAAUCCUAUGAACGACAGGGUCAACAAAUAAAGUCUCAUUUAUGCAAACGAGGUUACAAGCCGCUAUCUGUCACUAAUGCCAUUGAUGAGGUUAAAACAAUCGACAGGUCUUCACUGUUGCAGUACAGGGAGAAAACGAAAUGCUGUAGAGUACCUCUAGUCACCACUUACCACCCUGCAUUGGAGGAUCUAAACAAAAUCCUAAAGGAUAACUUCCCGAAACUCUUGGAUAAUCCUAGAUUGGCAAGAGAAUUUGGUGAGCCACCAAUGGUGUCCUUCAGACGACCCAGGAAUAUCAAGGAUUUGGUGGGGAACAUUUCAACAAAGAAGCUCACAUUUGGCAAGACAUGCAAGUGGUUGUUAUUGAUCAUAACCCAUUAUGGACCGAUGCAGAAAGAAAGAGCACGGAAAAAUCCUGGAUGCACCGUUUGA